AUGGAUGCUAUGGAAGCAGUGCUGCGAAACUUCAAGACCAUCCCCUGCCCAUCAGGGGACGCCUGCACCAAGCCCGGGUGCCAGUGGCAGCACUCCUGGGACCGUGAGCCACAGACAUCAUCCUCAUCGUCAAAACCCGCGCCUGCGGCCAGCCAGGACGAAGACGGGCCUCGAAAGCGUCGCAAGCUCUCUUCGGAGCCUGUGCCUGCGCUUGCGCCUGCUCCUGUGAAGGAUGAGCCGAAGCCUGCCACUCCUCACCCCAAGUCGACUUUGGAGAAGCCCGUCUCUCCUCCUCCUGUGAAGAGAUUCACUCCUCCAAAGUCCUCGCCGCCUCUCAAGCACAAGGUGCCGCAGCCCACGGCCAGCGCCGCGACGGUGAUCCAGCCUACAGUGGAAAAGCAGUCAGUUGCUACGCCCUCUAAGGCAAAUGGUGCGUCGGCAGUCAGAGCUUCACCAAAACCUUCACCCUUACCUGCAUCACAUGGAGCGACUUCAAAUCCUGCUGUGAUCCUCAGCAAUGCCAGUACCGUCCGGUCUUCAUCACAGCGCGCCGUGUUACCACGCGUCUCUGUGGCAUCUGAUCCGAACCCAAAAACAGGCAAAGCCGCUCCCUCCACGACUUCUAAAACUUCCUCUCCCGACGUUUCUACACCUCAAAAAGCAACUUUGCAAACACAACCACAGAGCAUGAACAGAAAGCCCGAGGCCUUGAAUCCUCGGCAUCUGAAGACUGCGCCCGCACCUCACGACUUUCGAUACAAGUGUCUGAAGCUCCUACAUGAGCAGUUCGCACGGCUUAACAAUGAAUUGAAAAAGGAUGCUAAAGACGACGAAAAGCCUCUAAUUCUUUCGCCGCAGGAACUGAUCUGGCUUGCGCUUGACGAAGAAGAGCGCAUCGCGACCGAGAAGCCGGCCAUUUACAACAACGUCAUCAAAAACAGAAUCAUGCAUUACAAAAAGAUGACGGUUCCUUCGUGGAUGGCCGAGCGCCGAGCCGCCCUCCAGAAGCAGCAGGCCGUGGUCACCCCUUCGCCGGCUCGGUUUGCUGCUCCCAAGGCUAUCAAUGGUCCUCCUAAAGAAGUCGAUACCGGCCUGACGCCUGAAUUGGAGGUCGAGUUUCUCAAGUUUCUCCAGACCCCCAUCGAUAAGCUCGCUCAGUUCGGCUACAUCCCCAGAGCCCCUACUGAGGAAGAGAUCAAGGCAGCCAUCGAAGGCGAGGAAGCCGCCAAUGGCUGGGAAAUCUGUGAGCGCUGCAAGACCCGCUUCCAGGUCUUCCCCGGCCGGCGCGAGGAAGAUGGUGCCCUCACCUCCGGCGGUGCUUGCACAUUCCACCCGGGCAAAGCUUACUACCCCGAGCGCGUCCCCGGCGACUCAACCUCACAUUCCAAGCGCUUCAACUGCUGCAAUACCGUACCGGGCGACACCCCAGGCUGCUCCAUCCACCAGACCCACGUGUUCAAGACCUCAUCCCCGGCCAGGUUGGCGGCUCUGCUCCCCUUCAAAGAGACCCCGCCCAACCCGGAUGCCCCCAAAGAUCGUGCAGUUUGUUUUGAUUGCGAAAUGGGCUACACCGUCAAGGGCAUGGAAUUGCUGCGCCUGACGGCCACCAGCUGGCCGGAUGGCAAGGAGCUGCUUGACGUGCUGGUUCAACCCUACGGUGAAAUCCUCGACCUCAACUCCCGCUACUCGGGCGUCUGGCCCGAGGAUAUCGCUAAUGCCGUGCCUUGGGAGCCAGGGCAGCCUUUACCGUUGCCUACUUUUGUGGGCCCCGAAGCGGCGUCAGUACCCCCGUCUGAGGGCGUCGCCGAUCCCAAAACAAAGCAGCGUCUUAGAAAGAAGCUUCCCAUCGUACCCUCCCCUGCGGCAGCCCGCGAUCUCCUCUUCUCUCUGAUUUCGCCAGAUACAUUCCUCAUCGGUCAUGCCCUAGAAAAUGACCUCAACGCCGUGCGGAUUAUUCAUCCCUGCUUGAUCGACACUGCUCUCCUCUUCCCCCACCGUCGUGGGCUACCGAUGAGGUAUAGGCUCAAGGGGUUGAUGGAGAUACAUUUGAAUAAGACUAUACAAAUCGAAACGCCGGUGGUGGAUGGGGAGGGGAAAGCGGUGCCUGUGGAGGGGGGCCAUGAUUCUGCGGAGGAUGCGAGGGCUGCGGGGGAACUGGUGAGGUUGAGGGUUAUGGAGCGGUGGAGAGAGAUGAAGAAACAGGGGUGGAAGAUUGAGGAGGGGAGGUUUGUUCCUCCGGCAGGGGAAGGAGAGAAGAAAGAGGAGAGUGAAGGGAAUGAGGGGGAAGUUGUGGAAGAUCAAGGAGUGGGCGUGGGGAAGGUGGUGGCGGAUUUGGCUGCUGUUUAG